CGAGGGUAAGCCUUUUCCACGCAUACCGAUGCACCCACUCGCACACAAACAUACACACAUGUGCAGCAAUUCAUGCAGUUGCGCUUUCUAAAUCAAAUUUGGGUUACACUGGCGGCUACGUUGACAAAGUUCAAAACGCAUGUGGGCAGCUUUACUUGGCCAGUAGUUACCGCUGUCUUUCAAAGUGGCCGAUUGCCAUAAUUGGCAACAGCGCCAAUGUUAUUGUUACGGUAAUUAAUCAAGUCUCAAACGCACAUACACAUGCACACACGCUCCCAUUGCGAACAGCUGUGCGUGGUACGGCAAAAUAAUGAAGGAAAAAACUGGCUAUGCUAAUAUGGCAAGAAUCUCAUAUUAUAUGCGAACAUUAUUAUAUAAAUCCAAUUUACUUCCUGCCCAGCCAGCGAAAGUCAAUCGAGCGAUACGUAAAUCACUUUAAAUAAACAAUUACCACCGAACUGAAGACGAGGAUCAAAAAUCGAUUACGUGAUUUAAUGCGAGCAAAAUGUUGUCAUUCCAAUGAUUUUCCGAAGUGGAAAGCCAGAAUUCUAAUAAAACUAUUUAAAUUCUUAAAUAGUUAUUGCCCUAAAUGUAUAUAUAUAAACUUGAGUAAAUCUCAGUAUACAUAGAUAAAUAAUGCAUUCAGUGCAGUUUUCCAGUAAGUUUAAAAUAUAACAUUUUCAUUUAAAUAACACGACGUGUAAGUGCAUAAAACUGCGAUUAUAACGGUAAAAUAACAAAUGGUGUGCUGAACGCACCCAGUGCUUUUGCAUUCCUAGCUUUUCAAGUGCUGCAAAACAUCACUUGCCAAAGCGUCUUUUAGCUCUUAACCAACACCGAAAGAACGGUACAUUUUGCGGAGAGUAGUAGUAGUGUGUACUGCAUUUAACUACGGCGGAGUUUAUUUCUUCAACAGAAUUUGUUAUUCUAUUCGUUUCUUGAGAACUUCACGAUGCGAAUCUUGGUCCAAAAUUCCAAAUCCCACGAGCCGGGCAGCCGCCUGGGCGUGAAUCUCAAGGCGCACGUGAAUUCACAGUCGCAGCUUGCCGAUCUGCGAAAAAAUCUGAAUGAAAAAAGUCAAAUUCGAGAAUACGUACAAAAGCUAAUUGGAAAUGAACAGCAUAUGGGAUCCGUGCUGGACACGAUCUCUUCCACCGAAGAGGAGCACCGCAUGGUCACUGUGACCGGCUGGUCCACGGUGAACAUCGCCAACUGCGCCGGCGUCUCCAAUUCUUCCAUUUUUUUGGCGCUCAAGUGGGUGCUGAUGCCCAUCAAGGUGGAGAUAUUCAACUUCAAGCGCAGCGGACCGGAAGACAAGAUGGCACGUGGACAAUUUCUAGUGGACAACCUGUUAAGCGCCAAUCGCCUGAAACGCUUGCAAGAGGAAGUUGCCGUCCUGUACACGUGCCAGAAAAUCGAGGUACGCGUCACACCCGGUCUGCCUAAAUCAGUGAUGAAUGCCCAGAUAACCGAGGCACUUACAACUGCCAUGGAGGCGGCCAUUAGAUCACGCUAUGAAGUGACUACACGCACCUUAGAUCUCUCCAGGUUCCACGCCAGUCCGGAGUUGGCUCUGUACUUUUGUCCGCUGCAUGUGGUCCAGCUGCUAGAAAGCGUGCUAGUUCUCUCAAGCCAUAUAUUUCCCCAGGUGACCAGCAUUGUAGUGAGCAACAAUUAUUUGUGCUCUCUGAAAGCCUUUGCUGGAAUUUCCCAAGGCUUUGCCAGCCUAGAGCGCUUGGACAUAAGCGCAAACAGGAUUAAAGAUUUGGGAGAACUCAAUUACCUCAACAAGCUGAGUUGCAAGACCAUCUUCUUGACAGGCAAUGGUUUGGCCAAGCUAAGCGUAAACGACAUGCGAAAUAUGCUUCCCCAGUUGAGAAAUAUCCAUGGUUGCGUGCAGUCUGAGGAAAAUACAAAAGUUGUUGAUAAUCUUCCGAAGUUUGAACGACUUCAAAGCGGUGGCACUAAUGGCUUAAUGUUUUGCCAACGCUUCAUAAGUUCGUACUACAAUAUCUUUGACGAUACCCAACAGCGUUUCAAGCUUAAGGAUUACUACGACGACAAGGCCAUUUUCUCGCUUAGCGUGCCGGUACAACUGGAUUAUGUCUAUGCCUACAAACUGUACAACAGAAACCAGAAGCGCCAGCAAUCCUCGUUUGCGCAUAACGCCAAGUUACAAGUGGGCAGCGCUGCGUUGCUUCUCGCUUUAAGCCGCUUGCCUUUGAUGCUUACAGACGUUCAGAAUGUCGGGCUGGACAUCCAGGUGUUUACUUCUAGUCUACGCAUCUUUACGUUGACAGGAUACCUUAAGGAGAUAUCCCCGGAUAUUUGGAAACCGCGACGCUUUCAGCGUACAUUUGUGUUACGGAUUCUGAAUAGCCCAGGCUGGCUGAUAACCAACGACAUGCUGUGCAUAACUUCCAAUAUGCCAGAGCGAAAGGAAACCAUUAAAUUUAAACCAGAAAUUAAUAAGUUAAAUACCGAGCCUUCGGUAGAAAAUAUAAAUAAACCUGCAGUCCCAGUCGCAAACUUGCCCAGCAAAACCAAGCCGAAAGGGAAAAUUCAAAUUUCAGGCCCCCUUUUAGGCGAAGAGGAGCUCGAUCCUCUUAAUAAGGCAGUGCACGAAAUGAGCCUUUCAGCUUCCCAGAUGGAUAUUCCCAGUGAGAGCAUCGACGAUAUGCCACCACUAGUAGCCAUUGACCGAUUAAUUAACACGACAAAUUCUUUGGAAGAAAAGAUGGAGGAGAUCUUAAUGUCGGAUGAGGAUAAUUUCGAACUGGUCAUUAAUGAGGACGUCCUGAUUGGAUGUGAUGAUUUUUAAAUAUAACCUAAAAAUACAAACAAAUAGCUUUUAGAAUCCUAGACACUAUACAUUAUUAUUCAUUACAUUAACGAGUACGAAACUCAAGGAUCUAAUUUAUUUUAAAA